GAAGGAACAGAAAUGACAGAGACCUCUUUCCACUAGGAGCCAAUCAGACGAGCUGGAACACGUGGAUGCAGUAGAUUCCGAAGCUAUUCCUACACGGUACAUAUGCAGUUAUUGUCCGGGUGUGAGAUGAGAGAGAGGGCAAGCAGGGGGUUCGACAUCGAGAGAGAGAAAAACAUCCUUCCAACCUAAAAAGGUAUAUCUCUAAAGAAAACAAAAUGAGCAGUAGGUUUGAGGGCAAUAUCUCUGACAGAUCCGAAUGUAAAAGUAAAUCGCCAACUUUGUUCUCCUCGUACUGCAUAGAUAGCAUAUUGGGCAGGAGGAGCCCAUGUAAAGAGAAAGUCACGGACCAGCAAAGUUUAUCAAAGCUGAAGGACAGAACUGAACACGACUUAACGGCUGACGCAGGCUCUGCUAAAGAUGGACUCUCUUUGGAUUCGGAAGCUCAUCCAUCAAAACUGCGCCGGCAGUACGGUCAUGAAGGGAAGCGUUUGGACACCAGCGGGGACUUUCAGGAGCUUGGUGACAAGGGACAGCGGGAGAGGCUACCUGGCUAUACCUGUGAUAAUCUAAAAAUCGUUCAGGCGCCACAGGUCAGUAUCAGCCGUACCAAGUCAUACAGAGAGAAUGCAUCUUUCAACCAGAACACUGGAGUCAAAGAGCUAUGUGCAGAAGACGUCGUUGAACUAGACGCACUGAAGAUCGAAGUCGGAGCUAUGAAAAAAGAAGGAUGCAGGGAGGUGGAUUUGUCUCCGAAAGCCGAAGAGGGACUUAAUAACAAUGUGGAUUUAAAAGACGGUGAGGACAGCGUGUGCCUGUCUGCUGGCAGUGACUCAGAGGAUGGAAUGCUAAAGCGCAAGCAGAGAAGAUACAGAACCACAUUCACCAGUUACCAGCUCGAAGAGCUCGAAAGGGCAUUCCAGAAAACGCACUAUCCGGACGUAUUCACCAGAGAAGAACUAGCGAUGCAGUUAGACCUCACAGAAGCGCGAGUACAAGUCUGGUUCCAGAACCGGAGAGCCAAGUGGAGGAAACGGGAGAAGGCGAGUGUUCAAACGCACCCCCCCGUGCUGUCAUUUCCCAGUCCUCUCGUAGCAGCCCACCCGCUCAGCCACUACCUCGAGGGCAGUCUGUGCACACCGCAUCCCCACCCUGCCUUGGAGUCCUCUUGGGCUGCUGCUGCUGCCGCCUCAUUCCCAGGGCUCCCACCCCCUCCUGCAGGCUCCACCGCUCCCCUCGGACUCAGCAGCUUCCUGGGUGCAGCCAUGUUCAGACAUCCUGCUUUCAUAAGCCCAAACUUUGGCAGACUGUUCUCUGGCAUGGGACCCCUAACCAGUGCUUCCACGGCUGUCUCACUUCUGCGGCACCCCGCCCCCCUGGUGGAGGCCCCAAUCCGACCGCCUGCUUUGGCGGAGUCCACCUCCACGUCUGCUGAUCGGCGGGCCUCCAGCAUCGCAGCACUCCGACUCAAAGCAAAAGAACACUCAGCCCAGCUCACCCAGCUGAACAUCCUGACCUCCAGUGGGGCUGGGAAGGAGGUGUGCUGAUUUCUCCCCAUAUACUCAAGCACACACACACACACACACACGCACACGAGAAUGAGCAUGACCAAAGCUAUAAAGGACAGGCAACUCACACACCUGAGUCAACUGUAUCAUGAAUGUCACGCUUUCCUUGACCUCGCACCCUCCUCUGAACCCGUCUGCCUAGCAGAUCCCUUCAGCACUCCUCCAUUCCCCACCAUGCUUCACUGUCCCCCCACCUGACCUCACUUUGGUCCCCUGCACCUUUCCUGUACCCAUGGAUCACAGUCUUUUGAGAGGUCAAGCAACACCCACCAAUCUGUGCUGUCCAAAAAACCAUGAAGAACAUGUUAUUCUAUAGCACCACUGGGGAGAGAAAGACAAGUUUUUCCUUCAGCAAUCCAGUGCUCUCACUUUAUUUGUACAAAAUGCCAAAGGAAACAACUGCCAUUGACCAUGUUUUUUUAUACUUACUUUAUGAUGGAAAGUACUUUUGUUCAUAAUUCAGUAAUAAAUAGACAAAAUGAGGAAAAAUGGCAAAACUGAGUUUAUUUUUAAAUAUUUUUUUUUUUAUCUCAGUGGCCUCCAAAAGUAUUUUAAUGGUCGAGUGGAAUUUGUUAAUUUUGCUGUAUACUUAAUCCAUGAAUGAAUGAAUAGGAGACAAAAGUACAGACAAUCGGUUUUUUCCAUGGUAAGUGCAUGCUUAUAUGUUUUGCCAUUUUACCAUAGAAACAGUUGUUUUUGUGUUGAGUUUUCAGCUGUGCAAAUGUUAACAGAGAGGACAGAAGAAUUCAUUUAGAAGGAAAGCACAGAAACCUGGUAUACAAAGUACUGCAGUUUGGAAAGUCUUGUAAAAGAAAGAAACCACUGGUGGAUUCAGAAAUAAAUACCGUACUAAUAACCGUAACCGUAGGUCGGCCAAGGAAGGCAACUAUUAAGAAAAACCCUAAAACAACAGUCAGGGACAUGAAGUCUGCAGAGGGUAGGGAUGAAAAUAUCACAAGCUACCGUAUGCACAAGAGAGACUAUACUGCAAUAUAGAGGCUAUACUAAGAUGCAAACCUCUCAUCAGCAGCAGAAAUGGAAAGGCCAGAUUAGAAUUAGCCAAACAAUGCAGAGACAACCCAGUAGAAUUCUGUAACAAAGUUUGAUUGGAUUUAUUUUUAAAUCCAAUCCAGCAUGUGUUUCACUUGCUGAAGGGGAGACUGAAGACAGAAACCCCCUGAAACAAAGAUCAAUUGAAAGUAGCUCCAGUGAAGGCCUACAAACAUAUAGAAGAAUAAUAGAUUUGAUGAUGCCAAUGGCUCAUAGUCUUGAUGCAGUUACUGCAUUUAAGAGCUAUGCAACCGAAAAGUAGACUUAAUUGCUUUGAUUUACUUGUAUGUUCAUCUAUUAGUGUACUGUUGCUCAGCUGAAAAUGGGAGACUGAAACAAAAACAUCAGAUUUUUGUAAAAUUGUAAAACAUAUAUGCAUGCUGGCACUAUAAAAUAAAAGCUGAUUGUCUGUACUUCUGUCUCAUACUAAUCUUUCGAUCUCACAUCCAAAUGCCUUAAGUGUACAGCAAAAAUAACACAUUUUACCAUUACCAUACUUUUGGAGGGCACUGUAUUAUUUGCAUUAGUAGAUGUUACAGCAUAGAAACUUCCUCUUUCCUAGAAUGUAAUUUAUGUGCGCUGUUUAUUUAACUUAUGAACAAGAGAAAACCACAAUAGAAAAAUAAUUUUAAAAUUUGUGUUCCUGAUUGUGGAACAGACGGUAAAUGUGUUUAAUAUAAGCAUACUGCAUCUUUUGGCCAUAUUGUUUACUUCAGACAACUUAAAAUAGGAUCUAUUACUCAAUUUGAAUUUGGUUUCAUUUUAAGACAUUGUGAUAAGUAAUAUCAGAUGAGCUUACAAACUUGAGAACGAAUAUUUCAAGAGAUUAUUUAUUGUAGUAAUGUGAAUAUCGACACUAAAAAAGAUCUCAUUUUCAUCAGAACUAGAGACAGUAUGGAAAAAGGAAGAGAAAAACUAGUGAACAUAUGACUAAAUCAGUUCUUUUGGUGUUUUAGAUACCUGCUUUAUUUUUCUCCUCUCUUUCAUUAUGUUAAAUUCCGUUUGUUUUAUUUAUAUGUUGAACAUGCUUUCAUGUCACCAAAGCACUUGUAGAAUUAAUAUAUGGAGGAAUAUAGAUGAAAAUUAUGCACAAAUAAGUACAUAUGUCUCUAUAAAAAUUUGAUUUAAAAAGAUAUCUUAAAAUAUCAGAAAAAAUAUGUAUAACUAUAGCGGGUCAAAUAAAGGCAUGAUAAAAUAAUUCCAACCACCUCUCCCUGCUCUGGGCUUCAGUUUUGUCAUUUGCCUUUGAAGUAUUUUCUUAUUACAGCCAUAAAAAUAACAAUUGAUUUGUGUAUUGAUUUAUAUUUGGUAACAAGGUAUAUUGAUUUGUGGUAAGCAUGAUUGUCUGAACUUAUUACAGCAGGAGUUAGUGCAGUAUACUACUGCAGGGACUGCACCGUUUUAUGGUUUAUAACCUUUGGUUUGUAAACAGUGGCAUGCGUUUGGGAUUUUAAUUAUGCAUCUUUUUAAAUGUUUUUUUUUGCAUGUAUAUUUUUGAAAGCAAGCCUAACUCAACAUUUGUGUAUUAUGUUAAAAUAAGUUUGUCAGUAUAUCUGACAAUGAGUUUGGAUCAGAUUCCAAUCACUAUACUUAGUUGACAAAGAAUCUUCUUAUUGUGUAUAGUGCUUUGUGGGUCAGUUUUCAUUAAAUGUUAAAUAAAGCCACUGAAGGUAGGCAUUUUCAACAUGCCUUUUAGCAGGUUACAUUUAUUUUCAAUACAUUUGGCAUUUCUAGGGGAAGAUAAUUAUUUUUUGUCUUUUUAGAGCUUACUGUAAAGGAGGGCCUAUAUCUGACAGUACUGCUUCAGCCAAACUAGGUUAUGUAGGCUCGUAUUUGUAGAUUUGUUGCCUUCUGUGUCAGAAGAAAAAAAAAAAACAGGGCUAUAAAAUACAAAUCAAAUUAAUAUUUAACUGUGUAGGAAUUUUACAUACCUAAACAAUAACUGGUCUCAAGAUGGUUUGCUAAGAAACCCUGUAAGAUGUGCCAUGCCACAUGGUCAUGGAUGGAUGUAGUGUGCAGCUGAGGUUCCUGGUUCUACAUGCAUAUCAGUUAUUGAAAUUCUGGCAUGAAAUUGAGAAAGCUCUUUUAAAUGUUGAGCCAUCAUAGAGUAGCAAAAUUUAUGUUUCCCCCUGAAAUAUUUUAAACAUAAAAUAUUCAAAAAAAAUAUUUGAAGCAAAUCUACAGAACAUAUGCAGAUGCUGAAAUCAAAACAUUAUACUUUUAACCAAUGAGAAGAGCAGCUGGCUCAUGUUAUAAUUUCCUCCUGAGCUGUUACAUAUGUUAUUUGCUGAGUGUGAACUGUGAAAAAAAUGUUUGACCUAAACAUUUUUAUUCAACCUGGACUGUUUUACUGUCUUCCAGAAUGUUUAUUUUGUUCUCCCAACACUCAGAAUUAAGUCGGUAGCAAACUGUCAGAUGUCCAGCAAAAGCACUCGUUUUUAGUACAGUGUCAUGCCUAAUGCACUGGGAUCUAGUGUUGACUGUGACGGGCAGCCCUGCAGGACUGUGCACAAUUGGCCAUAGUGUCGCCCAGGGAGGAAGGGUUACGUUGAAAGGAUGCUCCCUGCAUCACUUGGGAAGAGUGACUGCUCUGGCUGAUUGAGCACCAGCUGCAUGAGUAUUGUCCCCCAGAUCAAUGACUACAUAGCCCAAUUGGAGAACUGCGGAGUGAAAAGAACUGGCAGCUGGCUAAAUACGUUUUGGAGGACACAUAUGCUGCUUGGAACACUCAGGAAUUGACAAAAAAUAUUGCAGCAAUAUGAUGCGUCUGCAAAUUUCUUCAAAAUUUGGCAAAAAGAUAUAUUUGUAAGAAUUGGCAUUUGGGGCGUGUUGCUAAUAACUGGUUAGAAAUGUGGAUGGAAUUAAAUUGCAGCAUUAACUCACAAACUGUCCUUAAUCGGUCGAUCUUUAUUCAACACAAAUCUGUACAUAUCACUGAAUCAAAUUACACUAUUCCCUAUAAAAACUCAUCAUGCCACAUGCAAUCAUGCUUUUUAUCACAUUUUCAAAUCAAUGACGCAUGCAGUUAUUUAGCUUGUAUUGUAUUUGAAUUCAAAUUAAAUGCAAUAGAACUUAAUUUAUCCCACAUGGGGCAGUUUAAGAGCAAAAACAUUCUGCUGCAGAAAACAAGAACACAGAAAGACAACAUUCAUACAUACACAUGUACAGACAACAUCAAACAUGCCAUACAGUGGUUAAAACAUAUUUUAAAGUGAAAAGGUGCAGCUUGCUUCUCAGUCCAUAGUGAUGUUAAAAGGGUAAUAUACAGUAUGUUGUACAUACUGUAUAAGUCUGAUUGCUUCUGGAACAUUGCUUCUGAUUGGUUUGGUUUUUUCGUAUAUAUGGUGUGAACAUGAUUAAUCUUGCAAUGAUUUCAUAAAAAAUGACAUUGUGUUUAUAAAGAAAGGGCAUUCCAGUGUUCAAAAUAUGGCCUGUGCUUUCAUAACUGCAUCAGUUACCACUGGGCCCAAUUUAGUUUUUACUUUAAUAAGUUAUAGAUGCAAGUACUAGAUACAAGUACAAUUACCCAGACUUUUGACAUAAUCGAUUUAACCAUGUUCAUACCAUAUCAUUCAUACCAGAUUCAGGCAUGCUCAGGGAUAAUAUAUGAAGCUAGUAUUAUUCCUGAUGCAGUCAAGACCAUAUACUUUUCUGUGUCUAAAAUACUGGAGAGAGAUUUCUCCAUUUCCUCAAAUGUUUCA